AUGACCACUCAUUGCGUACACAAGCGCGAAAUAUCGUGGGAUUUGGGCGAUAGGACACAUGGGAAGCAGGCGAAUGAGAAACGAAAUUCGCACGGCGGCAGACAACGGCGACAACACUUCGAGGAGAAUUCCAACAAAGCAAGGAAACUUGACGUCGAAUACUCCAUAUACAACGGCGUCAAACCCGGCCAGACCGCGGCCAACAGCUGGUGGGAAAAGGGCGCGGCGACAGUGGCCUGGCGAAUUGGCGAAAUCCGGAUCCCAGGGCCGUUUUCCGGGCCAAAUAUCCCAUUCUCACGGCCCGCAUCCUCUAUCAAGUCGCUUUUCCUCGGGGCUAUUACAUUACGGCCCGGGCUCGAUGCUGUGGCGCUGGCUUGUUUGCUUCCAGGACAAACAAUGCAUGCGCAAUGGGAGUCAACUUCUAAGACGAGGGCGAAGAGGACUGACAAAGUUUGGCAGAUGACGGUAGCAGAUCGGAGACAAAGUUCCACUGGCAGUUAA